CGAUGGAUCAAGCAAUUUUUUCGACGAUGGUAAGGGUGGCUUCCUAUCCUUGUCUCUAAAAGACCAAACCUUUUCUCUUUUCUGAAAUUUCCUUUCAGCUCCGUUCAUCAAAAUCACCCUUAAAACGUUUCCAGAAGGCUGGAUCUUAAUUUAAUCAUGUGACAAAACCCACUUAUUCAUCAUGAAAUGUUGUCGGCGGUCCCAAAACGUCUAAUGAAGAUUAUGUGUACCUCCAAAAGCUAGAUUGACCUUUCUAUCCUCUUCCAGAAGACGGGAGAUGAUUGAUGGUGGUUAGAAACCAUAAAUAAAGGGUCUUUUAAGCAUCUCUUCGUGGGAUAAGUCUCGUGAUCGGCAGAGAAGUAAAGCGGGAAGCAGAGUGAAAACAGAGGAAAACAGAGACCAGAAAUGGAGGGAGGAAGCAAGAAGAAGGUGAUGGUGGCGAUAGACGAGAGCGAGUUCAGCCACUACGCACUCGAAUGGACUCUCACCAAUUUGGGAGACACCAUCUCCAGCUCUGGUCUUCUCCUCUUCACCGCUCAGCCCCUCGCCGACUUCACCUACCUCCAUGCUUCCACUCUCGGUACCACUCCCCCGGAAUUGGUCGCCUCGGUACAGGAGAAUCAGAAGAAGUUGACUGCGGCUCUGUUGGAUAAAGCCAAACAAAUUUGCUCUGCCCAUGGGGUUGAAGCAGAGACUGAAACGGAGGUUGGAGAUCCGAAAGAAGUGAUAUGUGAAGCGGCGGAGAAGCAUGGUGUCAAAUUGCUUGUGCUGGGAAGCCAUAGCAGGGGACCUAUUCAGAGGGCGUUCCUGGGAAGCGUUAGCAACUACUGUGUGCACAAUGCGAAAUGCCCUGUUCUUGUUGUCAAGAAGCCAUCUCCGUAAUUGAUCCAGCUUGAUCUGGGUUUCCUGCAGAUUGUUGAUGAAGGCUGUGAGACUGUAAUGUGCAUUGGGAUGUAUAAUGAUAAUUCGAAUUGCCUUAUGGUGCGUUGCAUAGUUGUCUCCGUAGAGACGAAAUAAUCAGCAGGUGAGUUGGGUUCUGGACUCCUGGAUAGGGUAGCUCCCUGGUACUCUGAUACAUUCUGUAUUUAUUAUUUGACUAUGAAAGCCAAAGAAUAAAGAGGCGUGUACGUUUUGAAAUUUUCAUGUGUAUAAUAAUAUUUUGAAGCGUGAUUCUAUGUAAAAGCGAUUGGGUGAUUUAGAAGUUUAAAAAUAUAAUUUUUUAAACUUUAAAACAUAUAUUUUGAUUACAAUUGUAAGGAAAAAGUGUGAUUCUAUGUAAAAGUGUCUAGGUAACCUAAAAGUAUAAAAGUGUGAGAUUUUGAAUUUGAAACGCGAUUUUAUGGGCAUUGUUUUCAAGUGUUCUCUUUCUAGUGGUGAAAUAUAAACCAGAAUAUGCAGAAAUGCAAAACGGGAAGAAAAUUGUUUGGUCUGCGGCGGAGGCUUGGUUAGGUGCUGAUUGUUGAGUGAAAGAGUAGAACGUGUUUUGGGAUGGGCUUAGGGUGGGCAUCGGUCGAUUCGGUUCAAGACUGGACCAAACUAUCCUCGAAUCGUACCAAAAUUUCUUCUAAAUCAAGGACCAAAAUCGAAUCAUUAUUACUUCGAUUCGGUUUGGAUCAAACCAUAUAUGGCUCGAUUCGGUCUGGACGAUCCCAUUGGACCGACUAAUCUUUCAUUCGAAUAAAAUUACUCUUAAAGG